AUUUACUUCCCCUGUCCACAUUCACACCUUCAUUCAUCAUUAAUCAAUACGGAAAAACAAAGUAGUCUUGAUUCUCUUCAAUGAGCAAUUUUCACGUAACUCUGAGCAAUUAAAGAAGCUUUUGUAGCAGAUUGUGUGAAGGGUAUUAGUGGAUCUAACGGGGAAAAAGCAAAGAUAUGGGUCGUGGAGUUAGUAGUGGAGGAGGACAGAGUUCAUUAGGAUACUUGUUUGGGGAUGGUGAGGCUCCAACGUCAACCAAAACAAACCCCCAGGCUGUUCAAAGUGAAGCUCAGACGAUAAAUGAAGAGCCAUCUUCAAAGCCUGUUGCUGCUCCUUCUCCUCCUGCUGAUGCUACUAAGCAGAUUCCAGCAGGUAUUCAAAGUAUCAGGGCAGAUGGUCAAAACACAGGAAACUUUAUCACGGACCGGCCAUCUACCAAAGUACAUGCGGCCCCUGGUGGUGGAUCUUCUCUAGGGUAUCUCUUUGGGGGCGGCAGCAGCUGAUAAAGAAUUUCCAAUCACCCAUCGUCGUUAUAUUAUUUCUUAUACCUUGUUUUUCAACUAUUGUUUCAAUGUAAUUGUGUGUAUUGCAGAACGUCGUGUUGUUCUAUGUUUGCUACCUGGUGCUGGUGCUGGUGCUGGUGCUGGUGGGUGAGGGAGUGUUUUUUUUUUUAAGCCGAAGUAUAUGUGGUUCAAUUGCACAAACUUCUGUCCAUAUUCGCAGUUGACAGCCAUUAUAUUCUAAAGUUUACUCUCUUUGUUGCUAUAUAUAUGGCUUUUGUUAAUCGAC